GUGAAGUCCGACCGGAUGUUACGGGUAUUCUACUUCCGGUUGAAAUACGAAUUAUGCAGCGCCGCAGUUGUCACUCACUUCAGCGUGCCUAGCUAGUGUGAUAAAAUCAUGUUGACCCCGCCGAAGGAGGGGAUGCCCAGUAUGAUUGACAGGGCACUGAGGAUGAGGAGGGAGGAGCAGGCUCGGCAGGUGGUCCUCGCCUGGGCUGUCCUCAACGUGUCCCUGGCCGGCAUGAUUUACACUGAAAUGUCAGGGAAAUUGCUGAGCCGAUACUACAACAUCACAUACUGGCCUAUCUGGUACAUAGAACUGGUGCUAGCUUCUCUCUUUAGCCUCAACGCUCUUUUUGACUUCUGGAAGUAUUUCAAAUACACGAUGGCCCCGUCCACCAUCGCCGUGUCCCCUGAGCAGCAUGUCCUUCUUGGUCUGAGAAACACAAGCAUUCAGGCCUCUCCGCCCCAAAAGCCGGAAAAGAAGGAAUCUCCGGCUCCAGCUCAGUCGUCUCCGGUGCAGGGCCAGAGCGUGCUCAGUUUUAGCCCCUCUCGUCCAGCCACAAGCAGCCCCAAGUUCUCCCCCAGCUGUGUCCCUGGGUACAGCCCUCCUCUCAGCAACCCAAGUACCCCAAACAGCGCAGGGGGGCCCUUUUCUCCCUCAGUGGCCUUCGGAAAGGUUUUGAGCUACAGUCCAUCCUCUGGCUCUUCUCCCUAUCCUAACAACAUUAGUUCAGCAGAAGGCUCCAGCUUGAGGGCUCGAUAUCGCACGUCUCCCUCUGUGUUUAACUCCCCUGGAAGCAAAGAAGACUACAUGCAGGAUGUGAAAAGUCUGGAAAGGUUUCUGCGCACGGAAGAGGAGAAGAGUCACCGCAGCCAGCUAGGCAGUCCCGAGGCCGUGUCUCCGAGCCACAGCCCAACGUUUUGGAACUAUAACCGCUCAGUGGGAGAUUACGCCCAGAGCCUGAGAAAAUUCUUGUACCAGCCUGCAUGCCGCUCUCAGGCGCCCUCUGCCCACAAGGAUGAGACAGAUCUGGGUUCCAAACAGGCUGCAGAGGAGGUAUGGGCCAGAAUCACAGCCAGUCGCCUUGUGGUGGAUCGCAUCGACAGCUGGACAGCCAAACUCAGAAAUUGGAUCAGCGACACCAUCUUGGUGCCCUUGGUCAAAGAAAUAGACUCUGUCAACAGCCAGCUGAGGCGGAUGGGCUGCCCCGAGCUGCAGAUUGGAGAGGCCAGCAUUAGCAGUCUGAAACAGGCAGCCGUGAUGAAAGCCUCGUCAAUCCCCACUAUGAACUCUAUCGUCCAGUACCUGGACAUCACACCCAACCAGGAAUAUCUAGUGGACCGGCUCAAGGAGCUGGCUCACAGCGGCUGCAUGAGCUCCUUUCGCUGGAAUGGUGGUGGAGACGUGAAGAACAGGAAGUGGGAUACAGACCUCCCUACUGACUGUGCUAUCCUCAUGCAUAUGUUUUGCACAUACUUGGACUCCAGGCUGCCCCCUCACCCAAAGUACCCAGACGGGAAGACUUUCACCUCGCAGCAUUUCAGCCACACCCCGGACAAACCCGACGUUACCAAGGAAAACCUCUUCUGCAUCCACCAAAGCAGCACCGCCCCCCCUCACUACCAGCUCAUAUACCAAGGACACAUCUACAGUCUGCCCAAGGGCAGGAACAACCUGUUCCACACAGUCCUCAUGUUCCUCUACGUGAUUAAGACCAAGGAGUCGGGGAUGCUGGGGAGAGUAAAUCUGGGGCUCUCUGGUGUGAACAUCCUGUGGAUAUUUGAAGACUGAAGACUUUAUGAACAGCUUGCCACCCCACAGUGGUACACAGGUUGGAAUAUCGCCUCAAUUUUUGGACCGCUCUUUCAGGAAUAAAGCUCUUCGAGUUGGAAUUAGUAAAUGCACAUUUUUUUGGGACAUUUUCUGUAUUUUACUGUCGAAAAUGCUGAACUUUCAUCAACAUUUUAGGAACUCAAUUCUUUUACACCGCAGAGUGCUUACGAUGCAACAAAGAGCUGUAUUUUUUAAACGUCGUUUGGUUUUCUGAUUUUCAUAUUGUGAGAAUGUACCAUCAUGGCAGCCUUGUAAAUAAGAUACCUCAGAUUUAUCUGGUGGAUGGCGAAGGGCUCCGACCCAUUUGCUUUGAAUGUAAAUACAGUAUGUGUGCCAUUUAUUUUUCAUUGUUCUGUUGCAGAAAUUAAUGUCUGCAAAAAUACGGAUACUCCUGGCAUGUGCUUGAAUCAACUGUACAAACAGCAAUACACAAAGAUGGUGUUGUAAAAUAUUCUGUUGUUUUCAUCUUAGUAGGCUGUAAUGUUACACAGAGCUAGUGAGGGAGAGCAAAUGCAAACUUUUUUUUUACUAAAAAGCACUGAAUGCCAUCCAUCUUGACUCCACAAGUCUGCCAUUGGUUAUAUUUCCAAACACCUAACCUGUUUGCUUGUUUUCAAUAAAUUACAUUUUACAAAUGUGA